AUGAGCGACGAAGAUGAAACCGAUCAGGUGAGUAUUGAAGAGACGGACGAAGUUGAGGUUGAGGAGGAAGAGGCGCAAGAGGAACCCACAGAACAGCAGGAGGAGGAGCAGGAACCGCCGGAAGCGCAAGCCGAGCAGGAAGCGCAGGAAGCACAGGAGGAGGAGCAGGAAGCGCAGCAUGAAGAGCAGCAGGCAGAACAGCAGGAAGACCAGCAGGAAGAAGAGGAGGAGGAGGAGCAAGAAGCGACAGAAGUGCCCAACGACGACUCCCCGAUAGAGGAAGCUGAAAAGCCACCACCUCAACUACAGCCCGGAGAUUCCGUCAGGCUGAAGGGCUUGCAGUCCGACACGUCGAUGAAUGGCCGGGUGGGACACAUCCGCGGAAGGGAGAACGUGGAAGACGGCGGACGCUUCAUAGUUGAACUGGGGACUCGUGGUAUUGCCCGUGUGCGGGAGGCCAACCUGGAGAAGGUUGAACCUACUCGGCGCAGUGAGCGCCUUGCAAAGGCGAAGCCAGCAGCUGCCAAGCGAAGCGAAAGAACGCCGAAGAAGGCAGAUCGAGUAAAGGCGAAAGCAGCACCAAAAGGAGCAAAAGGACCGUCCAAAGCCACUCAAAAGGUUGCCGUCAAGAAGGGCAGCAUCAAAGCCGCUCGUGCACCCAAAGAAAAGACCUCAGGAGCCGCUGCACAAGCCGAAAACACCACGGUCUUUGUGGUGCGCGACUAUCGCAUUCGCUCCGACCCAUGCCUCGAGGUGCAGGACUCCUCUUCAAAAUGGAGACCGUGCCACAUCUACGAGAAUUACAAGGAUCAGCACAUCGUCAUCUGGUAUGGCGGUAACGAGUACGAGGGUCUUGGGGGCAAGCCAUACAGGCUUAAGGGCAUCAGCCCAGAAGCCAUCUUCAAGGGUCAGCCUGGCCAGCUGCUGGAUUCGGAUGGAGAGCGAAUUCCAACCAGAAAGAGGCCAAUGCGCUGA